UGUUGUGGAUCAACAAUGAUGUGUGUGUGUGGGGCCGAAGUCCAAUACAACGAUCACAACAAGCAGGUCCAGAAAAAAGGAAGAAGAAGAAGAAGAAGCGGUGUUACGGCGUGGAGUGAAAGAAGCACAGGUGAGAGUGAGAGUGAGAGUGAGAGUGUGAACUGAAAAUGGGUUUGCUUUCACACAGAGUAGAGAGGCAUGAGAUGAAGCCUGGCGAUCACAUCUACACCUACAGAGCUAUUUUCACCUACUCUCACCACGGCGUUUUUGUUGGGGGGAGCAAGGUUGUACAUUUCAGACCCGAGAGGAACUUCAAGUCAACCACUGAGACAUCUUCGAACUUGGAUGAUUCGACAUCCACUCCAUGUGAAAUAUUUCCUGAUUGUGGAUUCAGGCAGCCAAACAGUGGAGUAGUUCUUUCUUGCUUAGACUGCUUCCUUCGAAACGGAUCUCUUUACUGUUUCGAGUACGGGGUUUCACCAACAGCUUUUUUUACCAAAGUAAGGGGUGGCACAUGCACUACUGCAUCAUCUGAUCCACCUGAAACUGUUAUCCAUCGCGCAAUGUACCUUCUUCAAAAUGGCUUUGGCAAUUACAAUGUUUUCCAGAACAACUGUGAGGAUUUUGCCUUGUACUGCAAAACUGGUCUUUUGAUUUUAGACAAGCAAGGGGUUGGAAGAAGUGGUCAAGCCUCUUCCAUUGUUGGUGCUCCAUUGGCUGCAAUGCUUUCUUCUCCCCUCAAGUUGUUAAUGCCGAGUCCGGUCGGCGUGGCGACUGUAACGGCAGGAAUGUACUGCAUGAGCAGGUAUGCAACUGACAUUGGCGUGAGAAGUGAUGUGAUCAAGGUGGGGGUGGAAGACUUGGCUGUGAACCUGGGAUGGACUUGUCCUGAAGAGGAGAUAGCAGCUGAAGAUGAAACUUCCGGCUCACUGACUACCAUAUGAUUUACCUAAUUCACCCUUAUGAACAUGAAAUUGUUGCAUGUAUUAUUGCUAGUAGUUACACUAGUCGAUAGCAGAAUCUGGACUACUAUAUAAGGCUUAAUUGUUCCUUGCCAUUAUUGGUGUCUAGUUAUUCAAAUUGUGUAAGGGAUGAAAUAGCAAUAAUACUUGGAGUAGUAACUAAUGAAGUAUAAUUAUAUCU